AUGGCCGCUAUGAGUCCUGAAUUGCGCGCUGCCGCAUGGUUGCGACUUGCCAGUCAUCACAGCACCGAGGACCUGAAGUCCAUCGCGACGCCGUAUUCCGGGACGAGCCAGGCUCCAAACGAUGAUAUUUUGACUCCCCUCGCGGCUCUCCUUCAAUGCCGCCUCGAUGUUCAGAGUAUUACGGAAGGGCUGGGGAAAUCUGAAAGCUGGGCUGCAUUGAACAGCUCACAGACGCAGUUCUCCCAAUUGCGGACAAGAUUUCGGACAUCGAUGAAGAGGCUGAGCGGAGGGGUUUUGUCUCGAAGUUUGAAAAUCAAAGCAGGAGAUGUUCCGUUUGGCAAGGUUCAAUGGGAGAAGACUUACGCCGGCAGUUCGACAUCAGGCGAUUCCGACGGAGACCGAACCAUGACUGACGAGUCCGACGACUCGGCCGAGGAGCUAAGCGAUGAAGACGACGAUGACUAUGAGUCGGAUUCGGAGGGCGACGAGGAGGAUGAGAGCUCAAAAAAGCCCAGUGACUGCGGCCUGGAUGAAGUGAGUGGUCUGAGGCUACAGCGAACUCGUCAGAUGCAUUUCUUGCAUAACACGGUGACGCUGUGUCGGCUCGCGAGAGUGAUCGCCAGUGUGGAGCAACGUGGGGCUGAACUUCUAGCCAAGGAUGUCAAGAGCGCAGCGUGUGCGGGAGAUACAAAGGCGAAAAUUUUGGCUCAGCUGCAGAAUGCGGCGGAUGAAGCGCGAGUGAGCUGGGCGAAAGAAAUGCAGAGAGAGCUUGAAGUCGCAGAGCAGUACCGCAUUGCGAUGAUCCAAGUAUUGCAAGACGAGCUGCGGCGUUGA